GGGGCAGAACUCAGGAGAGACAUCAGUUGUAUGUCUGAUGUUUGAUCUUUGACUUCUGUCUACAGCUGUAUUUUGAUGAAAAUGUGUAUGAUUUCUAAGUACACAUUUUGAGUGUUCCUUAUUUGUUAAGUAAAUAACGGAGCCCAGAAAAGUGGAACCAACAUUUGGUGAGCUAGCCAGGAAGGAGUGAGUGCAACGAUACUGAACGGAACCUGAACCCCCUUCUCUGAUCUCCAAAUUGUAAGACCCCAGCUUUCUGUCAGUGAGUGAAGAGGUGAAGUUGAGGGAAGUGGUUUCUGCCUCCUGCUCUGUGUCUCACUCCUGCCCAUCUGAUUCCCCUCUCCUCACCUGGAACCACUCCGGAACACGCAGUGUCCAAUCACAGCAGCUGACCAACGGCCAGUGGGAAGUGACAUCAUCCCUGACCUUUAACCCCACCAUCAGUGAUAACAACCAGCCUCUGGUCUGCACAGCAGCAUUCAGGGGAGGGAAGACAGUGAACAGGUCUAAAACUCUCAAUGUCAAAUGUAAAAUGGAACAAUCCUGUCCAGCACUAAGAGGAAGGGAUGGGGAUUGAAAAAUUACCAUGGCAUUUUCUUACUCACUUCUUUUGGCUUGGAGUGAUGGGAGUUGAUGCCUCGUCAUGGACUGCUGACGUGCCCAAGUCCGUCUCCGGCCUACGGGGCUCAUGCAUCGUGAUUCCCUGCUCAUUCAACUACCCAGAACCAGAGAAGAAGCCCUCCAAAUUCACUGGCAUCUGGUUCAAAGGCACCCAUGAUACUAUAUACCACCCAGACAGCUCCAACAUCAUCAAAGACUACAGGGGUCGUACAGAGCUGGUGGGAGACCUCCGGCAGAAGAACUGCUCUCUCAGAAUCGACCCCCUCCAUGACAGUGACAAAGGAUCCUUUACUUUCAGGAUUGAAAUGGAAGACCAUAACAAGUAUUCAUACAGAGAGGACACAGUCUCCAUUACAGUGAGCAGCUCUCCAGACCCCCCCUCUCUGUCAGUGAGGGAGGAGGUGAAGGUGGGGGAAGUGGUUUCUGCCUCCUGCUCUGUGUCUCACUCCUGCCCAUCUGAUUCCCCUCUCCUAACCUGGAGCCACUCCGGAACACACAGUGUCCAAUCACAGCAGCUGACCAAUGUCCAGUGGGAAGUGACGUCAUCCCUGACCUUUAGCCCCAGCAGCACUGAUCACAACCAGUCUCUGGUCUGCACAGCAGCAUACAGGGGAGGGAAGACAGUAAAAAGUUUGAAAACUCUCAAUGUCAAAUAUGCCCCAGUGGAUGUGAAGAUUGAGGGAGUGUCCAGUGUGAAGGAAGGAGACUCUGUGGAGCUGAGAUGCUCCAGUGACAGUAACCCUGCUGCCCACAGCUACCACUGGCACAACAGUAGAGGACCUCUGCCCACCACUUGUCCUACCAUCACACUGGAGAAUGUGACCAGACUCACUGAAGCCCUCUACUGCACUGCCAUCAAUAGAGAGGGACAAGGCCACUCUAGCCCACUGAAACUCAAUGUAGAGUACCCCCCUGAGAUCAAAGUGGGCUCCGCCUGCACUUCAGACAUCUCCAUGGUAACCUGUCUGUGCAUUGUUGACUCGGAGCCCCCCGGCUCUGUGGAGUGGUCUCUUCCAGAUGGACCCCUGCCCAACUGGUCCAGUACCAGAGUGGAGAGGCAUGGGUCAGUUACCAUGGUGACCCUACAGAGGGCACUAGGCUUCUCCAAGACCGUCGACUGCCAUGCCAGCAACACACAGGGCAAUGCCACCUUGUCCUGCACUGUGUCCACAAAUGAUAAGAAGUUGAUGCUGUACAUUUCAAUUGGUAUUGCUGCAUUAGUGGUGGUAGUAAUACUAAUUUCCAUGUCAGCUUGCCUUUUGAACAGGAAGGGUGGGAGGAGUCAUAGGGACCCAUCAGUAACCUGCAAGCAGGAAGUGCAUACAGCCAAGUGUGCUUCCUCAGAUCCCUCAACAUCAAGGAAAGAGCAGACAGACACCAGCAGUGAAAUCCACACAAACUACUACACCAACGAUCACGUAUAUGGAAACAUGGAGACUGAAGAGGAUGGUGACCCAUACGAGUGUGAUGGUGGAGAUGAUGCAGUCUAUGGUAACAUGUGAACACAACAGGAAGCAUGUGGAAGUCAGCUGGCCCAGAGGCCAUGGUGUUCAGUCUCUCAAAGGUUCCAGUAAAAUAUUAACAUUUUAACCCAAUGUAGCAGAACAUAUAUAUAUAUAUAUAUAUAAUAUGUUCUGCUACAUUGGGUUAAAAUGUUAAUAUUUUAAAACCAAACUGUCUAUCAUAUAUAUAAUAUAUUAUAUUUGUUAGCUUGAUGUAGGUUUAUGGUACUAUUGGCUAAAGAAAAUGGUACAUUCUUAUUUGGGAUGUGGCUUUGUGUUAUAUCUUUUACAAGGCUUAUGUUUAUUAUCUAUGGCUUGGAUAAUUUAGAAAUGUUUUUACUAAAUGUCAAUUAUACACAAAAUACUAACCAGUACUUAACAAUAGCUUGUUUCACACUUCCCCAGUUGUCUAUUGCAAUUGUGUGUUGAGGCGGCAGGUAGCCUAGUGGUUAGAGCUUUGGGCCAGUAACCGAAAGGCUGUAAGAUUGAAUCCCUGAGCUGACAAGGUGAAAAUCUGUCGUUCUUCCUCUGAACAAGGCGGUUAACCCACUGUUCCUAGGCUGUCAUUGUAAAUAAUACUUUUGUUCUUAAACUGACUUGUCUAGUUAAGUAAAGGUUCAAAUAAAAUAAACAUUUAAAAUCUGAGG